AUGAAUUUAAACUCAAUAGCAUUUCAAAAUUAUAGGCAAAAUUAUUAUGAUAUGGUUGACAAAUGGAAGGCUGACAUGAUAUCUCGUGUAAACUCACUUCAUAUGGUAAGACGUAAUGAACUUGAUAUACUAUGUAUUCAAUCUCAAAUGGAAUUUGAAACAUUCAAAAUAAAACAAUCGACAAUUUUAAAAGAGCAGAUAUUAGCAAAAUUACAAGAUUUACAUAAACGAGAACAAGUCAAUCCACGAGAUGUUGAACAGCUAAAACAAACGUUAAACAAUGUGACGCACGGUGUGGAACAGUUAAAACAAGUAUUAAUUCAAGUUCAAUGUAAAACUGUUGAUGAAGAUCACCUGAAAAUUAAAAAAAGAGCAUAUAUUGAUCACGCGGUAUGUGGACGAAAGAUACUAUUGAUUUUUACCGAGAAAAACAGAUCAAAUUAUGUACUAGUAUAA